GGACUGUUCGCCGCAUCCCUCGCCUCCGCUCACCGUGCUAGACAGCGUGCUGUGCUUCGUUAUCGCGAUCCGCUCGUGUGUUCAGAGCCGUAGGUUGGGUUCAACCCGUGGUUGACUUCUGGAAGACAAAAUACUCCUGGACGUUGGCACCCGACAAGACGCGACUCCUUCGAGCUUGUUGCUACUCUUCACGAUUACCCUGUAUACAAGAAGUUUUCCGCACCUGUCUCGAUAGACCAGCUGGAGCAGUAUGCAAACAAUCAAAUGUGUUGUUGUUGGAGAUGGUGCAGUGGGAAAGACGUGCUUGUUGAUUUCUUACACUACCAACAAAUUCCCAAGUGAAUAUGUUCCAACUGUGUUCGAUAAUUACGCCGUCACUGUGAUGAUCGGUGAAGACCCGUACACGCUGGGUCUGUUCGAUACUGCUGGUCAGGAAGAUUACGAUCGUCUGCGUCCACUAUCAUACCCCCAAACGGACGUCUUCCUUGUUUGCUUCAGCGUCACCUCCCCUGCGUCGUUCGAGAACGUGAAGGAGAAGUGGUUCCCCGAAGUCCACCACCAUUGUCCUGGAGUACCGUGCCUGAUUGUCGGCACGCAGAUCGACUUGCGGGACGAUCCCCAAGUUCUGGAGAAGCUCCAACGACAGAAGCAGAGGCCGAUCAACGCCGAGCAGGGUGAACGACUUGCACGGGAACUGGGUGCUGUGAAGUACGUCGAGUGCUCUGCGCUCACUCAGAAGGGCCUGAAGAAUGUGUUCGAUGAGGCUAUCGUAGCGGCGCUCGAGCCACCUGUCGUGAAGAAGAAGCCCAAAUGCGUUAUUGUCUGAGAUACCAGCAGCUUAGACACCCUCGGUUUUGUUCCUUCGUUCACGACAGUCAUGUUCAUCGUCUCACGAUAUAUCGAUAUAUCCCGUUCUCCCAUUUGCUCGUCAAUUCAUGAACACGCAAUAGCCCCGUACUCUACUUUCCGUUUGCACCUUUCUUCCUAACUCUACUACGCUUUACUUUCAUGUUUUGUAGUCUUUAGUCGACAAUUGGGUUUAUGGGGAAUUGUACCUGCCAGUAAGUGGAGAGCUUGAGUGCCCCUACCUCGCCCACGACUACCAUACAGGUGCUCUGAUUCUUCAUCAUUUAG